AUGCCCCUCCCCACACUCUCGCACCUCCGCAACAUCCUCCGCUCAAAGCGCAAGGCGCCAGCUCAUCCUUCUCCCCGCCCACUCUCCACCGCGACCACCUCGACCGCUGCAACCACCGUCUCGAGCGCACCCACCGACCUCACAGACCUCUCCAUCCCCGCAUUCCCCGGUGACUCCCAUACCACAAAUAUGGCCGACUCUGCCGCGCCCCCCGCACCUCCCGCCAGCCAUGCUGCGGCGGCCGCUCCUGCUGCCGCGCAAGACGCCCGAGCCGCCGCGGACGCCGCUCGUGCUGCCGCCGCCGCGGCGCGCGUAUCUGCCGACGAGAGCCGCACCAGGGCCGCUGAGGCGCGCGCUGCCACGGACGAGGCACGCAAGCGCCGCGACGCGGCCGCCGCGUGGAAGUCCACGGCGUAG